AUGUCCGCGCUGCGACCCCUCCUGCUUUUGCUGCUCCCUCUGUGUCCUGGUCUAGGACCGCGACAUGGGAGCCAGGCAAAGGUCGUCCGGAGUUGUGCAGAGACUCGGCAGGUGCUGGGGACCCGGGGAUAUAGCUUAAACCUCAUCCCUCCCUCCCUCAUCUCAGGUGAGCACCUUCAAAUCUGUCCUCAGGAGUACACCUGCUGUUCCAGCGAGACAGAGCAAAAGUUGAUCCGGGAUGCUGAGGUCACAUUCCGUGGCCUGGUGGAGGACAGUGGCUCCUUCCUGAUUCACACGCUGGCCGCCCGCCAUAGAAAGUUUAACGAGUUUUUUCGGGAGAUGCUGUCUAUAUCCCAGCAUUCUUUGGCCCAGCUCUUCUCGCAUUCCUAUGGUCGCCUGUAUUCCCAGCACGCCGUCAUCUUCAACAGCCUGUUCUCCGGCCUGCGGGACUACUAUGAGAAGUCUGGCGAGGGCUUAGAUGACACCUUGGCGGAUUUCUGGGCGCAGCUCCUGGAGAGAGCCUUCCCUUUGCUGCACCCACAAUACAGUUUCCCUCCUGACUUCCUGCUCUGCCUUACUCGGCUCACCUCAACUGCCGAUGGCUCUCUGCAGCCCUUCGGGGACUCGCCCCGGCGCCUCCGCCUACAGAUAACCAGGGCACUGGUGGCAGCCCGAGCCUUGGUCCAGGGUCUGGAGACUGGAAGAAAUGUAGUCAGCGAAGCACUUAAGGUACCGGUCUUGGAAGGCUGCAGACAGGCCCUGAUGCGCCUGAUUGGCUGCCCACUUUGUCGGGGAGUACCUUCCCUCAUGCCCUGCCGGGGCUUCUGCCUCAAUGUAGCCCAUGGCUGCCUCAGCAGCAGGGGACUGGAGCCUGAAUGGGGCGGAUAUCUGGAUGGUCUCCUGCUGCUGGCUGAGAAACUCCAGGGACCCUUCUCCUUUGAGCUGGCUGCUGAGUCCAUUGGGGUGAAGAUCUCAGAAGGUUUGAUGCACUUGCAGGAAAACAGUGUAAAGGUGUCAGCCAAGGUGUUUCAGGAAUGUGGGACCCCCCAUUCGGUGCAGUCCCGGAACCGGCGAGCACCAGCGCCCCGAGAAGAAGCUAGCCGGUCGUGGAGGGCAUCCGCCGAGGAAGAACGGCCCACAACAGCGGCGGGCACUAAUCUGCACCGGCUGGUUUGGGAGCUCCGGGAGAGACUUAGCCGAGUGCGGGGCUUCUGGGCUGGACUGCCUGUGACGGUGUGUGGGGACUCCCGCAUGGCGGCAGAUGUGUCACAGGAGGCGGCGCCCUGCUGGACUGGAGUUGGGAGAGGCCGGUACAUGUCGCCCGUGGUCGUGGGCUCCUUGAACGAGCAGCUCCACAACCCGGAGUUGGAUACCGCGAGUCCCGAUGUCCCGACGCGGCGGCGGAGGCUACAUCUCCGCGCGGCUACUGCUCGGAUGAAGGCGGCGGCGCUGGGGCAGGACCUUGACAUGCACGACGCGGAUGAAGACGGCAGCGGCUCCGGAGGGGGACAGCAGUAUGCAGACGACUGGAAAGCCGGGGCAGCGCCUGUGGUUCCCCCAGCCAGGCCUCCAAGGCCACCUCGUCCCCCUCGAAGGGACGGUCUCGGAGUGAGAGGAGGAAGUGGCAGCGCCAGAUACAACCAGGGCCGAGGCAGGAAUCUGGGGUCGUCUGUUGUCCUCCACACCCCACACGUUCUCCUCCUCCUGCCCUCAGCCCUGACCCUACUUGGACUUCGAUAACGAGGGAGGGGCGCCCUAGCGUCAGAAGGCUUAGUGGCCCUUUCCUCCCACCUCCCUCAGCCGGACAUGAGGAGAAGUGGAAGGGGCCACAAAGAGAGCAGAAAGGGACUUUGUGGGUGAAUGGCUGGGGCCCCAAAUCCAGGCGUUUCCAAUUAGUGGGGUGGGCGGUA